AUGCGUUCGUCACUUUUGCUCAUCUCGAAUACUGCUGCUGAGGGUAGUAAUAAUAAUAAUAGUAUUAAUAUUGAUACUAAUCGGGCCGUUAAAAAGGAUAUCAGUAGUAAACACAACCACUCUUCAAGUUAUCAUUCUUCAACUACUUCUGAUUUAAAUAAUUUAUUGGAUAAUUUGUCGGUGCAGACUUCCAUUUAUGAUAUGAAGAACAAUGAUGCUUCUUUAACAAAUAAUAACGGUGCUAGUAAUGCACAAAAGUCUAUUACGGCUUUAAAUGAAAACACAAUAACUGGGAAAGAUUUACAACAGCCAUAUCAAUUUCUUUUAAACGCAGCAAAUGUUAUAGAUAAUGCGCAAAAUGAUACUCAAAGCGUGUGGGGAAAUGAUUCAUUGAUACGUACGGACUCACAUAUUCUUAAUGAGAGUAAUGCCAAUGAUGAAAUAAUAUUAAACACACGUAUCUCUUCUCACAAAAGUAACGUUAUAAAAAAGCCACCAAGAAGAAGGAGAACGCAGGAUUCGAUUAGAACCACUGCUAUACCGUUUCAAUCAUCGAAGCAUUCUCAAAUAGUACCUUUCAAGCAAGGUGCUAAUAAGAAAGGAUCUAUCAAAUCAUCAGCAAGCGCACAACGUGAGAUCGACAGGAUGAAGAAAAAUUUACUAUCGAAGAGAGAUAUUAAAAGAAAGCAUAAGAAAUUUUUAAUGGACGAUGAUAAUGUCAUUAUCGGUAACAAGAUCACCGAAGGUCAUGUAAAUUUUAUCAUUGCUUACAAUAUGUUAACAGGAAUAAGAGUUGCCGUCUCACGCUGUUCCGGUUUAAUGAAACCAUUGACUUUAAAAGAUUUCAAGUUUUAUAAGAAACUAGCAUUCGAUUAUCAUGGUAAUGAAUUAACUCCUUCUUCUCAGUAUGCCUUUAAGUUCAAAGACUAUUGUCCUGAGGUGUUUAGAGAAUUGAGAGGAAUGUUUGGUUUGGAUCCAGCUGAUUAUUUGGUUUCAUUAACAUCAAAAUAUAUACUGAGUGAAUUAAACUCACCAGGUAAAUCAGGCUCCUUCUUUUAUUAUUCAAGGGAUUUCAAAUUCAUUAUCAAGACAAUUCACCAUUCUGAACAUAUUAGGCUGCGAAAAACAUUGCAGGAUUAUUAUAAUCAUGUAAAAACAAAUCCGGAUACUUUAAUUUGUCAGUUUUAUGGUCUACAUAGGAUAAAAAUGCCAAUCUCUUUCAAAAAUAAAAUUAAGCACCGAAAAAUUUACUUCAUUGUUAUGAAUAACUUAUUUCCUCCACAUCUUGACAUGCACAUCACUUUCGAUUUAAAAGGUUCUACACUAGACCGCUAUACCAAAAUAAAUGAGAAAGAAUCAAAAGGUAAUGACUCAAACUACAGACCAAUUUUAAAGGAUCUUAACUGGCUUGAAUUGAAGGAAAAAAUCAAAUUUGGGCCUAUAAAGAAGGAAAAAUUUUUACUCCAACUACGAAAGGAUUUAGAGCUACUGUCAAAGUUGAAUAUAAUGGAUUAUUCACUACUAUUUGGCAUUCACGAUAUGAAUAAAUACAAGCAAGAAAACGACGAUGAAUAUGAUGAAAAUAACUUGAUUGCAUUUUAUGACGAUGAUAAUGUCAUUGUCCAGAAUGAGCAUGAUAAAACUGAGGCGCAUUUACAAACAAUUCCUCUAAAACCACAUUAUUUUAAACAAUUCGAAGGGGGUAUAAGAGCCUCCAAUAAAAAUAAUGACAAUGAGAAUUUGAUAUAUUAUUUCGGAAUAAUCGAUUGUUUGACACAUUAUUCGAUUAUCAAAAAACUUGAAACUUUCUGGAAAAGUUUAAACAAUGAUAUCAACAUAGUAAGUGCAGUGCCACCAAAAGAUUAUUCAAGAAGACUUUAUAGGUUUAUCGAAAAUUCAAUAGACACCCAAGAUAUAGAGAAAUAA